AUGGCAGAGGGUCAUCUUGCGAUAGAUGUAUUAAAUUUAGAUUGUAGAGUCAGGCGUUUAGAACAAAAAUUAGAACGCAAGUUGAUGCGAAGAGAGCAAGACUCAUUUGAUUUAACAAAUGAAGAGUUUAUUGAAUUAUACCGCAUAAACCCACAACUUGCAGCAGACCUGAUUGACACUCUACAGCCUAGUUUACAACGUGUAUUAACAGCUGUGAGAUUUUAUGCUACCGGUUAUUAUCAACGUCCAGUAGGAGACCAGUGCGAUAUCUCAUUAAGUCAGUCAUCAGUGAGCCGGUGCAUUCGUGAUGUCACAAAUGCUAUUAAUGAACGAUUACUAAAGCCAUGGGUACAAUUUCCCAUGACUCCGGAAGACCGGCAACGAGCAGCAUCUCAAUUUGUCACCGCACGUCAACCAUUUCAAGGAGCUAUUGGAGCAAUUGAUUGCACUCAUGUCGCAUUGUUUGGGCCUAGAGAACAUCAGGUGGCAUAUGUUAAUCACCAUGGAUAUCACUCACUCAAUGUGCAAGCGAUAUGUGAUCCUAAUUUAACGAUAUUAAACAUCAAUGCACGUUAUCCUGGGGCAAGAAAUGAUACAUACAUAUGGAAUACAUCCUCUGUACGACGCAUAAUGGAGCGUGAAUAUAAUCGAGGAGAAAGAACGUUUCUUUUUGGUGACCAGGGUUACCCCUUGGAACCACGCCUGACUCCAUUACCUAAUGAACGAGAAGAAACCCAACGUUUCAAUUAUAAUCAAUCGUUGUGUAGUGCAAGAAACUGUAUUGAACGAUUGUUUGGAGCGCUUAGAAGUACGUGGAGGUGUCUUUCUAAACACAGAGUUUUGCAAUAUGAGCCUGGAAUGGCUGGAAAAAUUGUUAAUGCCUGCGCAGUAUUACACAAUAUGCGUAUUGAUUUUGGGCUACAACCAGAUAUGUAUGAGGAUCCAAAUGAAUAUGUAAUAAAUAUACCUAACAUGGCGAACAUGAAUGAUGAUGACGACAAUAAUCUUCCGCCUCUUGCACUUGCUCGCCGUAUUCAAGAUCGGUUAAUACAUGCAUGA